AUGCAUCGAGAAAUGUAUGGCAAGCAAGCCUAACACUGAAAAAAAUAAAUAAACGUACAUAUAUAUUUAUAUUAUAUUCAUACAUUUAUUGACACAUACGUAUUCGUACUCAUAUGUAUACAUAAUUAAUUUCUUAAAGUUUAAGUUUGGUCAGGUGGAGGCAGAAAGGGUUUUUACUUUAAUGUUGACAGACCAAUCCGGACUUUAGCUACGUGGUAAAGCAGCUGUUUGAUAAUAGAUAUAGUUGUUUUGUUAACUUUGAUAAUAGUCGGAAUUGAGAUCAAGUUCUUUUAGAAUCUAUUAAUGCAGCAUCUCUUUUCAUAAAUAAUAUAUAUAGGAACGAUGUAUGGUUACUAAGAGUAGAUUUUCGUAUGCCUUAUAGUUUCAGACUUUCCCAUAUUGACCGUCUUUAAUAUUACACCUUGCAUACUCAGACACAGCUGGUUAGGUAAUAAAGCGGUGCAGCAGCUGGAAGCCGCUCUGUCAGCGCUGGAGCGUACGCGGGUGUCGUGGACGCAACGGGCGGCGCUGUCAUGCAUCGAUGUUGAAGCGCUGUGUGCUGACAAUUUGAAAGAACCCGCUGAUUGGGAAGCGAAUUUCAAAGCUUGCAAGGCCUAUGGACAAGCCGUUGCGAAAAUGACCUUGUAAGUUUAAUUAACACUGUUUUAGCAUAUUUCACCAGCGUAUGAUUUAGCUACCCAUAUGUAAAAGAAUUUUUAAAAUCGGCCCAGUCGUUUCUGACCCAAAAUGCGAACAAUGCAAAGGAAUAACCAUGUAUUUUUCUCUUUAUAAUAUUUGUGAAGAAAUAUCAAAGAAUUCUAAGACUCAUUAACCUAUUGUAUAGUUUUGCCCACUAUCGUAUUUAAAUUUGUACUUGAAAUGCUAUUCAACAAAAAGAUUAUAUUACAAAUGCAUGCAGACGUUGCAAAAUUUUAAUUCAUAAAAUAUUAAAAUUUCAAAUUUCUACACAAAUGCUGAAAAUAGCAAUUUUAAUAACACAUUUUUUUUUCGAAUAUUAAUUUUAGUGAGGAUGAGAAAAUAGAAUGGAUAACCGUAGGAACUGUCGGUCUAAGACGCGAAUUUGAAGCACAGACUCGUAAUCUAUGGGCGUGUCUCAUGUCAUCACUACAGAACAGUUGCAGAACUGAUGCGCUCGCGUUAGACGCCUUCAUUGCUAGCGCUAGAGUCAUGCUCGAGAACAAAGCUAUGCCCAAGAAUGCCAAAGACUUGGCCGAAAUUAGUGCUAAGCAACAGGUGUUGCAGAAGAACAUGCCUGAGAUGGAGAAAACUGUGGAAAAUCUUAAACGUAAGACCCAUAUGCUUCGCACUUGGGGUGGAGACUCAACUACUGCAGGUGUUAUAAAAGAAUUCCAAAAAGUCCACGACUUAAUGCUGAGUCAGCAGCAAAUGUUUGACCACCAGGCUGAAAUUGUGAAAUCUACUUUAAAUGGCGAAUGGGAAAAUUUGAACUCUAACAUAGAAGCAUGGACAUCGAGGUGGAGUCAAAAUAAGAGCCGAUUGGAAGAGACACAUGGAGUUCUGUAUUCGGAGAUGGCCGACAGAUGUCGCUCUGUGUUCGAUGCUAACACGCAAUGGGAAAAAUUUAUUGCAGAUCGGGAUGAAUUGAUGACGGAAUGUGAGAAAUUUAAUUUGCAAUUACAACCCUCUGAUGUUUGGAAGGAAGCAGAAAAGCUCUUGAAGGAAUAUACAGGUAUUUGGAAUCCCAUGAAAGACUUCAAUGAAGAAUAUGAAUCAAUCAUUGAACAAGAUUGGAUUGUAUUUCAAAAAAAGUUGCAUUUGCUCGAUGAAUUUGUUUCCAAAUGGAUGAACAACUUGCAGCCAUAUACAGUAGUUACCCUUUACUUACAACAAGAGCUUGAAAAAUACACUGAUUUAUCAACCAUGUUAAAAUACUUGCGCGGGACUGAUUUCACCGAGAAACACUGGCGAGAAGUUUUUAGUCUUCUCGAUAUGGAAUACAAGAAGCCAGAUACUUUACAAGUUAAGGAUUUACUUGCAGUCGCUAAUAAUAUCAAGAAGCAAAUCAAACAGCUGCAGAAAAUAUGCACAGCGGCAUCUAAUGAGGCGGCUGUUAGAAAUGCGGUGAACGAACUAGAGUUAUGGUUCGCGGGCGCGCGGCUCAACAUCACAUACUACAACGACAAGGCGAAACGUCCCGUACCCAUCGUCAAAGACUUUAAGGAUAUUCUUAGCAAGGUAUGAAGAAUAGGGUACUCUAUUUGAAAAAAAAUUGUAACUGUUUAUUUUAAUUAAAAAAAAAACAAAUAUUUGAAACAUGAAAAAAUCACGUUUAGUUGCCUUCAAAUGAAACAAAAAUUUAAACUCUUUUUUUACCUUUUAAACCGCUGUCCGUCAUAUUCAUGACGUCAUUGUGAUAUGUACAAAAACAGAUGCAAAGUAGAAGAUUAAAACAUGUCAAUAAAAAAAUAACAAUGCCAUCUAACGAUCGAUUACAAAAUAAAAAGAAAUAAAUAAGCCAAGAACAGCAACAGGAAUUUGAUUUAUAAUUAAUAGAUAUAUCUUUAUGACCAAUUUGACAGCCGUCGUCAAAGUGACGUCACACAAUGGCGGGUCGUGUUUCUAGUCUCGUGACACACACAAAAAAUCACGUCUUUUAAUUUUGAGAUAAUAAGUGCGAUUUUAAGACUCAAAAUCAAAUUCUUUAUGUUUAUUACGAUGAAAAUUUUAGUUUUUGUGCAAACUACCCCGUUCAUAACCAUUCAUUCUAUAGGGAAAAUAUAAUAGGCAUUAUAGUUGAGGAGUGACGGCUCGAUGUCACAACUUUGUAGAAAAUGUACAAAGGUGUAACGUCAUGCGAUAUUUCAAGUCAAUUUAUCGUCGUAAUGUAUUGAUUAAGCAAAAAAUAAAAAAAAUACGUUUUUAAUAUUGUUAAUUGUAACUACUAUAUUUACACCGAAAUCCUUUAUAUGAAUGGGCGGAAAGAAUUUUCACGCAUAA